AUGGUUUCAUUCUGGCAUACAGUUUAUUUCAUUUCCUUAUUUGCUACCGUUUCCUGUGGAUGUCUGACUCAACUCUAUAAGAAUAUCUUCUUUCGAGGAGGAGAUAUAACCUCCAUGUACACCCCAAGUGCCCAGUACUGUCAGAUGAUGUGCACCUUCCAGCCCAGGUGUUUAUUAUUCAGUUUUCUUCCUGCAAGUUCAACUAAUGACACACAGAAAAGGUUUGGUUGCUUCUUGAAAGAAAGUGUAACGGGGCUCCUUCCAAGAGUGCCAAAGGCGGGAGCAAUUUCUGGACAUUCGCUAAAGCACUGUGGCCGUCGAAUCAGUGCCUGUCACCAAGACAUUUAUAAAGGAAUUGAUAUGAAAGGAGUCAAUUUUAAUGUAUCUAAAGUUAGAAGUGUUGAAGAAUGCCAAAAAAGCUGUACCAAUAACAUCCAUUGCCAUUUUUUCACAUAUGCUACAGAAACAUUUCACAAUGCAGCAUUCCGGAACAACUGCUUGUUAAAGAGUAGUGCAAGAGGAACACCUACCAGUAUAAAGAUGCUGGAUAAUGUGAUAUCCGGAUUCUCACUGAAGCCCUGUGCACAAUCAGAAAUAGGUUGCCACAUGGACAUUUUCCAACAACGUGCAUUUUCAGAUGUGGAUGUGGCCAGAGCUGUCACUCCAGAUGCGUUUGUAUGUCGAAUCAUUUGCACCUAUCAUCCCAACUGCCUCUUCUUUACAUUCUAUACAAACACAUGGCAUAUACAAUCACAAAGAAAUGUUUGUUUCCUUAAGACUUCCAAAAAUGGAACACCGAGUUCCUCUACUCUACAGAAAAAUGCCAUAUCUGGAUAUAGCCUCUUAACCUGCAAAAGAACUUUGCCUGAACAAUGCCAUUUCAAAAUUUACCCUGGAGUUGAUUUUGGAGGGGAAGAGUUAAAUGUGACCUUCGUUAAAGGAGUGGAUAUUUGCCAAGAGACUUGUACAAAGAUGAUUCGCUGUCAGUUUUUCACUUAUUCCUUACUCCCAGAAGACUGCCAGGAGCAGAAGUGUAAAUGUUCUUUAAAAUUAUCUUUGGAUGGUUCCCCAACAAUGAUUACAUAUGAAACACAACGGAGCUCUGGUUAUUCUUUGAGAUUGUGUAAAACUGGAGACAGCUCUGUCUGCACACCAAAAUUAAGUGCACGCAUUGUUGGAGGAACCAGGUCUUCUUUGGCAGAGUGGCCCUGGCAGGUCAGCCUGCAGGUAACACUGAAAACCCAGAGCCAUAUGUGUGGAGGGUCAAUCAUUGGAAACCAAUGGGUCCUAACUGCUGCCCAUUGCUUUGAUGGGCUUGCCUGGCCAGAUAUUUGGCGUAUUUAUGGUGGUAUUUUAAAUAUAUCUGAAAUAACAAAAGAAACACCUUUCUCACAAAUAAAAGAGAUUAUUAUUCACCAACAAUAUGCAGUUUCAGAAGGUGGCCAUGAUAUUGCCUUAGUGAAACUGGAGACUCCCUUGAAUUAUACUGAACUCCAAAAACCAGUAUGUCUGCCUUCCAAAGAUGAUACAAAUACAAUUUAUACCAACUGCUGGAUUACCGGCUGGGGCUUCAACAAGGAAAAAGGUGAAAUCCAAAAUAUUCUACAAAAGGCAAAUAUUCCUUUGGUAACUAAUGAAGAAUGUCAGAGAAGAUAUAGCGAUUAUGAAAUAACCAAACAAAUGAUCUGUGCUGGCUAUAAAGAAGGAGGGACAGAUGCUUGUAAGGGAGAUUCAGGUGGUCCCUUAGUCUGUAAACAUGAUGGAAUUUGGCAUUUGGUUGGCAUCACCAGUUGGGGUGAAGGCUGUGCCCGCAGGGAACAACCAGGUGUCUACACCAAAGUGGCUGAGUACGUGGACUGGAUUCUAGAGAAAACAGAAGAUGGUGGUGGAAACUCUUUGAUGAAGUCACCAGUGUGA